AUGGCCAUCAAGACCACGGAAGGGAACGAGUGGCAGGUUCUCGGUUUGGCCUUAGUUGCCCUUUGGGGCGUGUACCAGACCCUUCGCUGGUGCUGCUCUUGCUGCUGCCGUUGCUGCUGCGGUAAGCGGGAAGCUCCCCCUGCAGCAGCUCCCCUCAUCCAGCCCGACAAGGUAAAGGUUGAUGGCAGAGAGGUCAGUGCGGCGCAUUUGAUCCAGACCAAGGACGCGCGCACAGCCUACUUCCUCUGGCUGACGAUGGGGCUGGUGGGAGCCCACCAUUUCUACGCGGACCGGCUGCUGCAUGGAGUGCUUGCUGCUUGCAGUGGGAACUUUUUUGGUGUGGGAUGGUUCCUGGACUUCUUCCUCAUCCCGACCUAUGUGGCCGCCAUCAACCGGCAAGUCCCUCCCGAAGUAGCAAGACCUGACAACAGCUGCGGGCGGCUGACGUGUCGACUCCCAGUCAUCGUCACAACCAUCAUUGUGGUGUUUCUGGCCUUCAUCUUCCGAUUUCCGGCAAUCCUCCAUGGCACUGGUGUGGUGGACCUGGAGCAGAGGAUGGCAGGAACGGCUGGAAAUCCAUAUGUGAUCCUCGAGGUGGAGCGUGAUCUGCCGCAGGAGGACAUCAGGAAGGCCUACUCCUCCCAGCUCAAGGAGGUGGAGGGUUCCAAGGAUUGCCAAACUGCAAACAAGGCCUGCAAGGCGAAGAAGCAGAACUUGAAGAAGGCAGCCGAGUUCAUCCUCCAUGGACCCCCACAGUCCGACGAGCCACAGAAGGAGAAGACGGAGAAAAAGGCCCGCCGGAAGCCCCGGGAAAAGAAUGAUGAUGAUGCCUGGGCGGACUGGGGCGACUACCUCCGGGCCGAGUGGGAUGCCGUCGGGCAGGAAAUCAAAGAAGGUUCGUCGCAGUUCGCCAAGAACUUGGAGAAGGACUACUUCAGCUGA